AUGACGCCCCUGUACUUCCCAAAGGAUGGUUGUGGUUUCCCGCCCAACACGGAGAAGCUCCGCUGCUUUUUGCAGUACUUCCACCAUGUUGGCAGUGCUAUGGAAGGAACGGGAGAAGUUUGGAUCAGCCGUGCCUGCGCUGACACUUCGCUGACCACGGAAAGCUUAAUGUCCGACACGACCCGCUUGUGUCAGUGCUUGGUACAGGAUCUGAGAAAGCCAAUCUACAACUCAGACACGUACUUGCAUGUGGAUUUUGCAAACGCCAGCGUUGGAGGCGGCAUUUUCCUGAAUGCACCUGGAGCCACGGCACAGGAGGAAAUCACUUUCGCAACUCACCCUGAGCUUUCGCUGGCGACUGUGCUCUCAGAGCCAUUGAACGAUGACGAAGCGCUGCUGAUAUGUGGCGCUAGGAGAUUUUCUCAUCAUGCAGGAUUCCUAGACACCUUCUGCUAUGUGGGCGCCGUGCAGGAAGACGAACACAUGUUCUCCAAAGAUGUGGUUCAGAUUGUCGUAGAUGCAAGGAUGUAUGAUGGCGCUGGUGUGGGGUCACCAUAUCGACACGAUCAUUUGUUCCAAGUGGAGGAUGCCCUGCGCGACAUCCGAAAAGCUAUCUGCGGCUUUCGAGCUGCCAAACUUGCUUUCCCCGAUCGACAUAGCUGUGCAACUGGCAACUGGGGAUGUGGAGCUUUUGGCGGGGCGCCUGCCGUGAAGCUGUUCGUGCAAUGGGUUGCUGCAAGCUUAGCAGGGCUGAAAG